AUGCACCCACGUCUCUCGGCUGCUCGGUUAGCCGUUAGCUUAGCGUCUUCCACUAGGUGCCUUUUAAUAGAACCGGGGGGGUGUCCGCUGGCACACGAGUGGAGGAUCUGAGAUCUCUUGGCUCCGCAUCUCCUAUCCUCAAUUCUCCGUGGACUACCGGCGACUUAUAUCUGCAAUGGCGGACAAAGAAGUCGGAGCGUUCGAUGAUGCAGUCGAGGAAAGGGUGAUAAAUGAGGAGUACAAGAUCUGGAAGAAGAACACCCCCUUCCUGUAUGACUUGGUUAUGACCCACGCGCUGGAGUGGCCGAGCCUCACCGCGCAGUGGCUGCCCGACGUCUCCAGACCAGAGGGGAAGGACUACAGCGUGCACCGACUGGUGCUGGGCACCCACACGUCUGAUGAGCAGAAUCACUUGGUCAUUGCCAGCGUCCAGCUGCCCAACGAUGACGCCCAGUUUGAAGCUUCGCAUUAUGACAGCGAAAAAGGAGAGUUCGGAGGCUUCGGCUCAGUGAGUGGCAAGAUCGAGAUAGAAAUCAAGAUCAACCACGAAGGAGAAGUGAACCGUGCUCGCUACAUGCCCCAGAACCCCUGCAUCAUUGCCACCAAGACGCCCACCUCAGAAGUGUUGGUGUUUGACUACACCAAGCACCCCUCCAAGCCAGUCGAUGCGUCAGGAGAGUGUCACCCUGAUCUGCGUCUCAGAGGCCAUCAAAAAGAAGGCUACGGUCUCUCCUGGAAUCCAAACCUGUCCGGCUCUCUCCUCAGCGCGUCAGAUGACCAUACAAUCUGUCUGUGGGACAUAAGUGCCGUGCCGAAGGAGGGGAAGAUAGUCGAGGCAAAGACGAUCUUCACGGGUCACACUGCCGUGGUGGAAGACGUCUCCUGGCACUUGCUUCACGAGUCACUCUUUGGAUCCGUAGCCGAUGACCAGAAGCUCAUGAUUUGGGACACUCGUUCGAACAACACCUCCAAACCGAGCCACGCAGUGGACGCGCACACGGCAGAGGUCAACUGUUUGUCAUUCAACCCGUACAGCGAGUUCAUCCUGGCAUCCGGCUCGGCAGACAAGACCGUGGCUCUGUGGGACUUAAGGAAUUUGAAACUGAAGCUGCAUUCCUUCGAGUCACACAAGGAUGAGAUCUUCCAGGUCCAGUGGUCUCCUCACAAUGAGACCAUCCUGGCAUCCAGCGGAACGGACCGUCGCCUCAACGUCUGGGACCUCAGUAAAAUCGGAGAGGAGCAGUCACCAGAAGAUGCGGAGGACGGUCCACCGGAGCUUCUGUUCAUCCACGGAGGCCACACCGCUAAGAUCUCCGACUUCUCCUGGAAUCCCAACGAGCCCUGGGUCAUCUGCUCGGUGUCUGAAGACAACAUUAUGCAAGUCUGGCAAAUGGCCGAGAACAUCUACAACGACGAAGACCCGGAGGGUUCGACGGACCCCGAGGCCACAGCGUAACUCUCUCAACCAACCACCUCAUCCCGAACCGCCAUCUUCUGUCCUUCCACGUGGCUCCUUCCUCCCACCUGUCCUCUCUCUGUCACCGCGGGACGCCGAGCGCUGCGAAUCGCUGUAAAUACUAGAAAACGAAGGAUCGCGCGCGUCGUUUUUUGAAUACUCGCAGUGAAGAGCUCUCCUUUAACUGAGUAACUUAUUUCAUGAACAAUCUCACUUGUCCUUUUUUUUUUUCCGCACACUGCGUAUAAAAUAUAUAUUUUUGUAAUCAAAUUGGCUCUCCCUCAUUAACAUUUUUGGAUGUUUUAGCAAAGUCCUCUUCAUUGAUAGAUGGAAAAAGUCAGACAUUUUUUAAAGGACUAAGAAAGUAAUUGAAAGUGUAAACAAGUCCCUCUGCAGUAAAUGUUUUCUUUGAUACCUGAAGGUCCUAAAAACAUCUCAUCGUUCCACCGCAUCAGUCAGGUCAUCACCUAAUUGUUUAGGUCCUGAAUGAAAUAAAAUACAUAAUAAAAGUCCAAUAUUUGUGGUCCCGCCUUCCCUCACCUUUGUGCUUCACUAAUCAUUUGUCGUGAUAUAGAUUAGCGGUUGAACUUUUUCUAUGUUCAAUAUUUUGUAAUUGUACAGUGAGUACAUUCUUAAUAAAAUGUGUUUCAUUGGUC